AUGUCGUCAAUAAAUAUACUUUCAAACUGGGAUGUUCAUGAAAAGAAAACACCGAUGCGUAUCAGUGAUCGUUUUAAAAAGCAUUGGCAAGCAUUAUUGAUUGGUCUUACGAUUGGUGCCCUUUGCUCUGGGAUAGCCUUGGCUGCAGUCACUACGUUACUUGUUGAAGUUCAACAACAAGCACAACUUCCACAAGUACUUCGAGCACGACAGCAAGCACAACUUCAACAAGUACUUCGACAACAAGCACUUCGACAACAAGCACGACUUCAACAAGUACUUCAACUACAACCACAACAACAACAACAUCUGUAA